ACAGAAAUUUUAAAAAUUAGUUGGAAAAAAUUAAAAGAAAUUAAUGGGCUGUCACACCACGUAAAAAGGACUUGCACUUACAUGUUCCCAACGUGAGGGAGGGAGGGAAUGAGAACAAAGCAUCGAUAAACCGAGUGAGACAAGAAGUUCUCCACCACAAGUUCUCUUUGGUGACCACCAAUUUCUCAUCAUCAUCAUCAUCAUCAUCAUCUUCUUCUUCUUCUUCUUCUUCUUCUUCUUCUUUUUCUUUAGCAUCGAUCAUUAUCUUGCAAAGCAAUGUUUUUCUGUAAUAUUUGGCUGGAAUUGGCCUGAAUUAUUGUUUAAUUACAGCAACUUGUUUAAUUUAUAUUAUUGUGAUGGGAAGUUGGGUGAGAACAAGAUCAAGUGCGAUUGUUCAUCAUAUCAGGGCAUUUUCAAUGAUGGAUUUCAGGGGUUCUUCAUGGAGCUAUCCUAAUUUCCAAUCUGAUUCUUCUUCAACUUUACUCCUAUGUUCGUUUCCAUACAAUAUAGCUUCCCUUUUCUCGGUUAAGCGUUUCAAAUCCACGGUAGCUGGUAAACAACUGGAUCCUCAACAUGCUACUGAUAGCCAUAAUCAGGCAUUGGAUUUUCCAGGAGGAAAAGUUACAUAUACUUCUGGAAUUAAAUUCAUUCUAGGGUUUUCGGAGAAAAGAAUACCUUGCUAUCGAGUUCUUGAUGAUGAUGGAGAGUUAAUCAGAGAGUGUGAUUUUGAACAGGUCAACAAAGAAUUGGCAGUAAAAAUGUACAGUGACAUGGUUACUCUGCAAAUGAUGGAUACUUUAUUCUAUGAAGCACAAAGGCAAGGGAGAAUAUCCUUCUAUUUAACAUCAUUCGGCGAAGAAGCCAUUAACAUAGCAUCUGCUGCUGCACUCAGCAAACAUGAUAUUGUUUUGCCUCAGUACCGGGAACCUGGAGUUCUAUUGUGGCGUGGUUUCACACUGCAAGAAUUUGCGAACCAAUGCUUUGGAAACAAGGCUGAUGGUGGGAAAGGCAGGCAGAUGCCAAUUCAUUACGGGUCAAGCAAGCACAACUAUGUCACUGUUUCAUCCCCUAUUGCAACUCAGCUUCCUCAAGCUGCAGGCAUGGCUUAUUCUCUUAAGAUGGAUAAGAAGGAUGCGUGUGCUGUUGUGUUUAUUGGCGAUGGUGGUACCAGUGAGGGUGAUUUUCAUGCUGGUUUGAACUUUGCAGCAGUUAUGGAAGCUCCAGUCAUUUUUGUUUGUCGCAACAAUGGCUGGGCCAUAAGUACACCUAUAUCAGAACAAUUUCGAAGUGAUGGUAUUGUUGUUAAGGGCCAAGCCUAUGGAAUCCCAAGCAUCCGGGUGGAUGGAACUGAUGCACUUGCUGUUUAUAGUGCAAUUCAUGCUGCUCGCAAUAUGGCAAUAAGUGAGCAAGGACCUGUCUUAGUUGAGACUCUUGCAUAUAGAGUAGGGCACCAUUCCACAUCAGAUGAUUCGACCAAGUAUCGUCCACUUGAUGAAAUAGAAUACUGGAAAAUGGAUCGAAACCCUGUAAAUAAAUUUAGAAAAUGGGUUGAAAGUAACAGCUGGUGGAGUGAAAGAGAAGAAGCUGAACACCGAAGUAGCAUAAAGAAGCAGCUAUUGCAAGCUAUUCAAGUGGCAGAGAGAACAGAGAAACCUCCACUUACAGAGUUGUUCUCGGAUGUCUACGAUCUUCCGCCAUCUAACCUUCUUGAGCAAGAGAAACAACUCAGACAAACUAUCAAUAAACAUGCACAAGAUUUCCCUUCUGAUGUUUCUCUGAAUUAAGUAGCUUAUGCAGAGAGAGAGUUUCAAAUUUACAGUCAACCACCAUCUGUUGUCUUCAACUGUAUGAUUACCAAGAAUUUCCUCAACUUCAUUAGUAGUUAAAAUUCUCCAACAGUUUGAUUUUAUGUAUUUGAUUUCAAACCUCUAAAUCUGGGUAAAUACCUGAUUUUUGUUAUUCGUUACACCAAAGGAGAGGCUAUUGACAGAAUUG